AUGCCUGCCACCGAUCAAGAUCUCCAGAAAUCCUCCCUCGUUCCCCAAGGGUCUGUGUCCCAGCUGGAGUCUCUGGCAACAGAUGCAUCCGAUGAGCAAGUUACGUUGCACAGAUCUCGCAUUUUGCGGAAAUUGGACAUGCGCAUUGUACCUCUGAUGUUUAUUACCUAUGGACUACAAUUCCUCGACAAAGCCUUGCUCGGAUACGCCGCUGUCUUCACCUUUCGAAAUGAUACUCAUCUCAAAGGACAGGAAUACAGCUGGGUAGGCUCAAUCUUCUAUUUCGGGUAUAUGGUGUUUGAGUAUCCGCUAGCUGGCCUCCUUAACUCUUUCUCCACUCCCGUAUAUCUCGGGUUCUUCAUAUUCGCCUGGGGGGUCUUCGGGAUAUUUGGAGGCUUGCUAGGUUAUGCCCUUGGGAAUACCCAUACCGAAAUAGCUUCGUGGCGCUUGCUGUACAUUGCUUUUGGCUCUGUAACCGCACUUUGGGGUAUUUUCUUCGCAUACGCCUUUCCAGCAUCCCCGGAAAUGGCAUCAUUCUUGUCCGAGCAGGAUCGGUUGAUGUCAAGUUUAAGUACUCAUUCGAUCGGCCACUCCGUUCAAUCAAACUGGAAGUGGUCUCAGGUCAAGGAAGCUUUUUCGGACUUCAAGACAUACGUCUUUUUUAUCAUCGGGAUUUUCAAUACCAUUCCAGCUGGAUCACUGUCAAAUUUCAGCAGUCUUCUCAUCAAGGGGUUUGGGUUUACAGCUGUUCAGACUCAACUGAUAGGCAUUCCGUCACACGUAGUUCAAAUUAUAUCAAUUUUAAUCGCUGGUAUCGUUUCAACCAAAGUCACAAACGCGCGCCUUGUAUCCAUGUCAUUUUGUGUCAUUCCGUCUAUAAUAGGAACUGCCUUGGUCUACUCUUUGCCAAGUGUCCAUAAAUGGGGGAGAGUUGCCUCGGUUUGGGUCAUUUACACCAACUCCGCCAGUCUCGCAGUUUCAUUUUCUGUUAUCGGUGGAAAUGUUGCUGGGUACACUAAGAAAACCACCGUCACCUUUCUUCUCUUCUUAGGAUACUGUGUGGGCAACAUUAUCGCACCGCAGUGCUUUCGUGAUGAGGAAGAGAAAGAAGGAUACCCCACCGCCAUUAUCGCCAUGAUUGUGUCUUUCGGUGUUCUAUUUAUCGCUCCUCUGAUCCUCCGAUUUCUAUAUUCGAAAGAGAACAAACGCCGAGACGCACAGGAUGUUCAUUUUGUGCCUUCGUCGGGCAGUGGAGACGAUAUGGACUUGACGGACAUGGAAAAUCCCACGUCUCAUCUACGAUGUGCUUACGAUGCUCCCCCCCGUGUUCUACAGUUCCAACAUGUAAACCCCGGAAGCUGCGGAGAAUACAGGGAGCUGGACAAUUUCCAGCAUCCCAUCCCAGCUACCAAAUCAACUCGGCAGAGCCUUGCACCGUCCCCGGGGUCUGGGAAUGUCUCCAAUAUACCUCACUGGGACCAAACAGAGACCCCAUCUGCGUUACUUUCCCUGGACGACAGCUUAUUUGCGGAUUUUCUUUCCUCCUGGGAUGAUGAGCUACCAGAAUUACCAGUCCUGGAUGAUCAAAUUUGGAAUUUCCCUCUUGAAUUUCCGCAAACCUGCGCAUCGGUGUCCUCUCCAAACCCAGAUAGAUCAUCAGACGGUAUUGAAAAGAGAACUCCGUCCUCAGCACCCGAGCAAGGUUCAUUCACAGACAAUGGUCCAGGACGACCCAAUAAACGACCCCGAACGGAGGGAAUUCCGACACAUCUCCUAGCACAACAUUAUUCUAGAGCCCUUGCUGGAAGAUUUUCGUUUAAGCGGCCUGACUGGACAUUUUACACAUAUUUCUAUCAUCGCUUUGCCAGAAGUCAUCCCAUCGCACUGUCCGCGAUGUUGGCAUGGACAUCAGCCAACCUUUUCUUCGUUGGACAGGCGACCUCACUGAACGAUGCAAUUUCACAUUAUGAUCAUAGCAUCUCUCUGAUAUCAAGAGAAUACGGCAUCUCUCUUCCAGAUUGCAAAUCUUGGCGCGAUAUAGUGAGUCAUUCAUCCCACCUUUCCUCACAAGCCGAUGAUGAUCGGGAUGCUCUCUUUGUUGCAUGUUUCUUUCUCGCCCUCUUGGAUCUAGCCUUGGCUCGCUCGGGGUCCCUUUUGAUGACUAUUCGGUUCAUUGCCUCAGUUUUACAAAAUCCGGAAUUCAAGGACAGGAUGACGGGAGUCCAAGCGAGAGUAUUGUCCUGGUUCUGUAUUCUUGAUGGAAAAGCGUCGGCAUUUCAGGCAGGCGAGGGCGCAAUCCUGCAGGCUAUAGGCAGUGAAGAGGAAAUCGUCGAAUUAGUCCGCGUAUCGUCGACAACUCUACAAGAUGCUUACAGCAUCACCUAUCCUGAAGAGGAGCGAAAAUCGGACGAAAGGCAGCACCCCCUUCUCGAACUUAUGCUUCGACUCUCUUUCCUACUGCAUAUAAUCACCAGAGUCAAGGGUAAACCCCACGUUGGCUAUAUGGUCAAAGAUAUUCGCAGCAAGUUGGAUUCAUAUUGUCAAGCUAUUGAUCAAGAUAUUGCUUCAAGUAGACAAGAGGGACGAAAUCGGUACACAUAUCUCGUUCUACGUGCCCUCUAUCACAGCGUUGAAAUCUCCUACUCCAGGUGUCUUGUUCCAAGCGAUCGAAGGCACGCAGCGGACCAGCAUGCUCGCGAUAUCAUACAAAUAACACAACAACUCAGAGCACUACGACCAGUGGGCUCAAAGGUGACACCGCCACCUACCAAAUUCUGGCCAUUGCCGCUCGUUAUGGCCGCGAUCGAAGUUGGAGAUCCAGUCUAUCGCGAAUGGGCCGUGAGAAUGCUGGCAGACUACGAAACAGUCGGGGGCGAUCAUUAUACAUGGUCGAGGAAAUUUGUGGAAGUUAUGUGUGAGAGAGAAGAUCAGAUCGCUCAACGCCUGGAUUGGUCUUCGAUAUUGGCCGAAAUCAAAGAAGGUCUCGUCAUUUAG